AACAUAUUCUUGUUCGCGGUGUAGGUGCUUGUGUAGUCGGUACACAGGUUGUUAUAUCCAUGUUUCUUUUCUCCAGAAAGCUGUAUUAGCUGGUAGCAGGUCGUAUAUAUGUGUAUGUAAUUUUGAUUCAUAAAAACUGUUCAUUCUCUGUCUAGGAGAGUUUCUGCUCUCGUCGUGAUGAGUUUUUAUGCUAGCUUUAUUCCGCAAGUAAGUGUCGGAUAUCAAACAGGUAAUCGCCGAAAGAAAGACGUGUAUAGUGUGUCAAAGUGCCUUGCCCGAUUCGAGAUACAGUGGAUUUAAAUGUAGAAUCAUUAGCGCGAUUGCUCGAUACGUUUGAAUAAGUGCGUUUUAAGUGCGAAGUGAUGAGUUCUAAUAAGGGCGCAGAUGAAACUGACCGCAGUGCGGUGACUAAUGGUGACCACCAGCAAAACAAUGCCACAGCAAUGCCUUCGGCGACGGAGUCCGAAAAUAAGACUGCUACCAGCAUUCAAGAGACCUCGCUUUCAGUGACGAAUAACUUGAGCGGGACAGCAGAUAAGGAAACACCCAAGACUACCAAUUGGGUCAAGUUUGAUGAUGAAGAUGAUGGCGGUAAAAAGGACAUUCCCAAUCCCUUGGCACCGCCCACUUCUUAUAAACCCACUAUAUCAGCCCCGGCUGUCAAAGACGACAUAACUCCCGCAGUUCUACCUACGGAAUCCGUUCACGUCAAUCUAGAUGCAAGGGUACCGAGUACCCCAAAGCAAGGCGCUCAAGCAAGUUCUACCACAUCAACGGCUCCGUCAAGCCCACCAACAACGGCUAGCAUAAACAAAACAUCACAACCGGCAGUGAUCGACAUUCCGAAACAGUCCGUCAAUGUUGUUCAACCGAUCCAGUCAAUGCGCACAAUUGAACUCUCAACCGGUCGUGUCCGGGAGGGUUUCGCAAAUGGCGAUGUCAUCGUUACAUUGUUACCAACUAAUACUCGUUGGCCAUGGAUAACGCCAGCCGUAUUUCGCCCAGAACUUGUCCCCGAAGAAUUGAUGGCCCAAGGGUUAACGCUCACCGUCGAGGAGUACGUGCAUGCUAUGGAAACCCUUGUAAAUGACUAUCGGUUCACCAUGUACAACAUAUGCUACAAGCGUGUUCUGGUUGUGUGGAUCCUGUUUGCGUUCGUAGUUUUGUUGGGACUGCUGUUUUCCGGCCUAUAUGGAAUCACGCUGUUCUCCCUUGGAGUGGGAUGGCUUUUCCUCAACGCGGCCGCGAUCUUUUUGUGUAUGUGGGUGAAGCUACGGCUUGCCCGUGGACUGGAACGUUGCAUGGCUCGAGUGAACAAGCAAUUGAUACGACACAAAAUUUUGCUGGCCCUAGAUGACCGAGGACACAUUUCCUGCCACAAGGUUAACCUGUGCUUUAUGUACUUUGAACCGUCGCAGUGCAUUAGCUAUCUGAAUGAGUUUAUCGAGAGAAGCGAACAGAAUGGAAACACGAUCGAGCCUGGCUGGGAAAGUCGGUUAGAUGUUGCUACAAAUGAUAUCGUAAUUCAGGGAGCUAACACCACUCGUCUGUCGAGAAAACAGGAACGAGGACUGCUGCUGUUGCUGCGUUAUGCCUCUAGAUGGGGCAAUGAAACGAUGCGUGGAUUGCUUGAUGUGACGUCCGUUGAGCCUGCUCGUCACUGUCGUCAGUUCCAAUGUCCUUGUCAGUAUAUCGAAUUCCACCUCAAAUGCAAACCUCAAGGCUACCCUUGCAGUUGUUGUGCGACCCUAACCGAUCCACACUUUCAAUAUUCGUACUGACCCCGGCUACUGGACACAUGUAUCACUACGUUUCGAACUCUAUGAUAAAUAACACCUAAGGACAUUCAGGAUCAUCUUAGAGAUACUGCUCUCAUAACAUUACAAGGCGUUUUUUUUUUUGACAAUCGAGCAAUAGAGCGACUCUGUUAUGUGGAAUCAAACAGGUAAAUGUGUUCCAUUUCCGGACACAAUAAACAUAGUGUAAUACUUUUGAUAACAAAUUUAUACAACUGACAUUCCAAGCUUUACUAUUAGAUAAUAAUUGAAAUUUAUAAUAAUUAGUUGAUACUUGUAUAAUAAAGCAAUGAUGUUCGAUAUAUUGGUAUAAAUAUUCUUUCGUGUAUUUGCAUAAAAAAUAUGAUAAAAAACUUGUUUUGAAAUUUGGUGCGGUGUUCGAAAACCUUCAUUCAACACUGACAUUUCAAAAGGACACAACUGCAUUUCUAUAUACAGCAUUAUUCCUAAGAUGUGAAUCAUAGCACGCCCCUCCUACGCAUUACACAUCCACUAACGGAAGGAGAGCAUUCAGUAUAGUAAUAGAAGAUGCGGUAGAAGAUGAUAAAGAAAGUCCUCAGUUUUAAAAGAUAAUGUUGGUUGUAAAAGUAAUUACUCAUUUGAGUUGCAUUAUGAACAUUAUGCAACUCAAAUGAGUUGCAUUAUGGAAAAAUCAUUGCAUAAAAUUUUGUAUGGAACUCGUUGCAAAA